AUGGGGCGGUACACGGGCAGAAGCUUCCGCCUGCUCGUCAUGACCGCUGUCAGCUUUCUGCUGUUCGCGAUGGAGUUAGCGGUGGCCUACGUCGGCAACUCCCUCUCCUUGGCCUCCGACGCCGUCGCGGUCCUGUCGCACCUCAUCUCCAUGAUCAUAGGGUUCUUCGGGGUGCGGGUCAGCCGUGUCCGGUGGCACAGACGGAACACCUUCGGCUUCCCCCGGGCCGACGUCCUGGGAGCCUUCGGCAACUCCGUCUUCGCCACGGCCUUGAUGUUCAGCAUCCUGGUCGAAGCCCUCAAGAGGUACAUCAACCCCCAGAAGACGGACAACGUGCUGCUGGUGCUCGGGGCUGGAGUUACGGGGCUCGCCGUCAACAUCCUCAACUACGUUAUUUUUCUGGACUGCUGCCCACUCGCCCCUCCGAGACCCGUUUCUUCUUUGAAUGCAGGUGAUUCCCUGAAUACUCAGCAUGGACCCGAACAGGAGAUAGUGAAAAGAGAGAAAAAAUCCGAAGCCUUGAACAUCAGAGGUGUUCUCUUGCACGUAAUGGGAGACGCACUGGGCUCGGUGGUCGUGGUCAUAGCCGCCACCAUAUUCUACGUGCUCCCGCUCGAUCCCUCUGAGCCCUGCAACUGGGAGUGUUACAUUGACCCCAGCCUCACCAUCCUUAUGGUGAUCAUCAUUCUGUCCUCUGCCUUUCCUCUCAUCAAGGAGACGGCAACCAUUUUGCUACAGAUGGUUCCCAAAGGGGUUAAUGUGGAAGAACUGACCAUCCAGCUGUCUCAAGUGCCUGGAAUUAGCAGCAUUCAUGACGUGCACAUCUGGGAGCUGGCCAGUGGGAAGACCAUCGCUACCCUCCACGUCAAAUGUCAAAAGAGCAGAGACUACCGAGAUGCCAAUUUCAAAAUGCGGGAAAUUUUCCACAACGCGGGCAUCCAUAGCGUGACCAUCCAGCCGGAAUACCUGGACCCUAAAGAGCCCACAGACCCGAAGGAUUUAGUGCUCUUCUGCAGCUCGCCUUGCAUCUCCAAGGCCUGCUCCAGCAAGUUGUGCUGCAAUCAGGAAAUGCCUCUCACUCAAGUCAACGGCUACGCUGAGCCCAACGGGGACGCUUCACGUACCGGGCCGUGGAGCGGAAGCUUAAGUAGAAGCGACGCGGCCGAAAUUACCAUCGAAGCAGACUGGGCCGGUCACCUGAGUGACCAAGGACAGGCUCUUCACAAACUGCAAAGGGAAAAGUCACCAACCAAGAGCACGCAAUUUUAACUGGGCUCCAGCCCAUCCUGAGAUACUUUGAAGGUCCCUAAGGGGCCACCAGUCCCAACUGAUGCAUGUGAGGU